CCGCAGCGGUGUCUCCUCCGGCCGCUGGGCACCUUCGGGGCAGCGCUGACACGACCCUGCAGUUUGCCUUUGCUGAGAACGUAGGAGGAGAUGCCAGGUCUGUCGCUGCUGUCCUCUCGUCUUACAUGAUCUGGGCUGUAUGAAAAAUUACAGCUAGGUCAGGCUGAGGGGAUUGUUAAAAGGCCUUGGCGGAAAACGUGCUGCGGGUACGAGUGUUCAUUUAUUAUCAGAGCCAGGAAAUGUCCCCUCAGCGAGAGCAGUGUCCGAGACGGAGGGCUCUGAGGUCGCAGCCAGUCUUAGAGCUAGUGGAUUUCCUGGGAAGUUCUGCAGAUUCCUGGCGAUCUGUGUCCAUCACUGUCGCCAUCUCUCAGCCACUCUCCUGCCUGAUGCUUGUCCUUCAAGAGCACGGGAUCUCCCCUCAGAACCCCAAAGGAAUUAAUCUGCAUUUCCAUUCAAUCAACUGAGAUUUUUCACAUGUUAUCAGUGACGCUGGGAGGUGACAACAAUCACUGGAUGACAUCUAAGGAUGCUUCAGGUGAAGCUAAUAGUAACUGGAGAUGACUUCGGCUAUUGUCCUCGGAGAAACCAAGGCAUUCUGGACUGUUUCCUGGCUGGUGCGAUCUCUAACGUGUCCCUUCUAGUCAACGGAAGUGCUGCAGCAGAUGCAGCCAAGCUGGCAAGGAGACACAACAUCCCAAUAGGCCUGCAUGCCAACCUCUCCGAGGGCUCCCCUGUAUGUGAGGUUCUCAAGACAAACUCUUCUCUGCUCAACCAAGAUGGAUUCUUCCAUGGAAAAAUGGGAUUCAGAACAGCUCUAUCAAAAGGUCUCCUGAAUAUGUCAGAGGUGAAGCAGGAGCUAAAGGCCCAGGUGGAGCUGUUCCAUGAGCUGACAGGUCACCUACCUCCUCACAUGGAUGGGCACCAGCACGUCCAUGUUCUCCCAGAGGUCAGGCACGUAUUUGCAGAGGUGUUAGAAGAAUAUGGGAUUAAGUACACACGUGUCCCAAUAGAGCCAGGCCUUCAUAACUGUGACUGGAUUCCACCAUCCCUGAUGGACUUUUACCUGGGAGUAGAAGAAGAUUCUUUUAACACAGUGGAUGUGUUUACAAAGCAUGGAAUAAGGUGGCCAGACAUUUACAUAGGGCUGAGCACCAUGGGCAGGAACAUGUCUGUGAGCAGCGUCCGCAGCGCCAUCGACAGCGCCGUGCUGCAGCUCAGGGCCAGGGCGCCGCCCAGCAGCACCGGGACAAUCGAACUGAUGGUGCACCCGGGCUACCCCAGCGUCCCCCCUGUCGGCGGCUGUGGGGAAGGACCAGAUGAUUUCUCACAGUCGUGGGAACGCCUCCAUGAGCUCCAGACAUUGGUUAAGCCAGAGCUGCGGAGCUAUUACAAAAGCAGGAACAUUCAGCUGUGUUCAUUCAAAGAUCUUUAAAUAAAUGAGUAGCCAUCCAUCCAUCCAUCCAUCCAUCCAUCCAUCCAUCCAUCCAUCCAUCCAUCCAUCCAUCCAUCCAUCCAU